CCCUUACCGGUACAAGAUCCAUCCACAGGCUGUGCGCCACCAUCUUUCUCAUCUGGAUGCGCGCAUGGCCCAUUUGAUUUCCCAUCUUUCAAUUCCUUCAAAAGCAACGCUCAGAGUUGCCUUUCAGUCUGAUCCCCUCUCAGAUGGCAUUCGACGCUACGAAGGAUCUCGUAUCACUCGGUAAAUUCGGUCAAAGCACCAUCUUGACUUCAGCUGGCCUCUUGACUACCGCUGCCCUCUAUGGUGUCUAUAUGGUCCUGUUCUUCGCCGUUAUGACCAUUCUCUGCCGACGAGAAGGUAUCAUGAGCGCCCGCAUGGUUCUACUUGCAGCUAUGAUAGUCCUCUUCAUUCUAUCUACCACCUACCUUUGCUGCACUUUCUCCUUCUUUAUCAUCGGCAUCAGGAUGAUUCUCGUUGAAAGCCCUGGAUCCGUUCCCGUACUCAAGAAGGAUGCUGCUUAUCUCGCCAAGUAUCAUUUACUGGGUUCUAUGGGUACAGUCACAUUUCCUAUCGCGACUGUCAUUGGGGAUUCCAUCGUCAUCUGGAGAGCAUGGGCCCUGUCUGGUGGGAAUAAAAAAGUCAUGUUCCUGCCAAUCAUGUUACUCCUCGCUUUGACAACAAUGGCUUUCUCUUACGUUGCAUGUAAUGUCGAAGAGAAUUACCCCUCCAAAUUGUCGCCCAGUUGUAAAGCGCGAUACACCACCACCUAUGCUCUAUCAAUGCUCACUAAUGUCGCUGGAACCGCUGUCAUCGGCUAUCAGACCUGGUCUUAUCGACGAGCCGUCAAAAAAUAUCUACAAAACUGUCGCCAUCAAGCACGCGCUGAGAAAAUCUUGGUUAUCCUCCUCGAGUCGGGUGUUAUAUACACCACUCUUUGGAUUAUUGAACUCGCCACGCUCGCCUCGCCAUCCAAAUCUGCCUUCAUAAAUCAAGCCUUCCGACAAACCUUCUCUGCUGCUGCCUGUCAACUUGUCGGAAUCUAUCCUACCCUGAUCAUCGUCCUUGUCUUCCUCCGACGUUCCUUAUGGGAUUCCGCUGGCAAAUCCACCAUCUGUGAGGACAGAGGCACGGAUCGAUCCCCACAAUCUACUACGACGAGUAAUGCCAGCCAUAGCGUUCAUGACCACGAUUUGAUGUCCAGUCAUAAUAAACAUGAAGCCGGGCCGUUAGACGUCGUAUUUGUACAGGAAAAACACUUUGAUGGAGAUAGCAGUCAGUCUCCCGUUAGUCCGGCUUAAAUGGAAGGAAACGCUAUAUCAAUUUGUUGUACUUGUGUUGAAGAGCCUUUUACAUUCGUCACGGACUGAAUCCAAAAGGGGAGACGUGCUAAGUACCUGAGAGCC